AUGACAGACAAUUACAAAGGUUGGCACGAGCCAUUGUCUUAUGCUUUACUGGGAUACCGUACUACAGCUAGAACUUCAACAGGAGCAACUCCAUACCUGCUAGUCUAUGCUACUGAAGCGGUUAUACCUGCAGAGGUCGAGAUACCUUCCUUAAGGAUGAUCCGAGAAGCAGAAUUGGACAAUGCUGAAUGGGUCCAAGCUCGGUAUGAGCAAUUGGCUUUAAUUGACGAGAAAAGGAUGGUUGUCGUAUGCCACGAUCAAUUAUACCGACAAAGGAUGGCAAGAGCUUUCAACAAACGAGUUAAGACUCGACUUUUUCAAAUUGGGCAGAUAGUGCUCAAAAGGAUUUUCCCAUAUAAAGUUGAAUACAAAGGGAAAUUCGAUCCCAACUGGCAAGGUCCUUACGUGGUUCGCAAAGUACUCUCUGGAAGAGCGGUGGUACUGAGAGAAAUGGACGGACAAGAGUGGCCAAAGCCAAUCACAUCAGACGCAAUCAAGCGCUACUAUGCAUGA